GCUUGUUAGCUUUAUUAUGAUACGUAGAGGUGUAUUACAUCAACCGCUCGACAGAACAUAAGGUUCACCAGUGCUAUGGAGUUUGUGUCAGUUCCUGUUGAUAAAAUUGGAAACUGUAUGCUUCAAAAUCAAGGGUGACGAGCUGAGCCUUCUGACAAGUCCAAAACUCCCGGUGUCCUGGCCUACAAUUCUGGUCAGAGUAACGACUUUCAUAAACUAAGAUGGCCAUGGCGUUUUCUGAAGAAACGACUGAUUUCCGCUGCCAAAUGUGCACAAACGACGAUUGCAGCGAAACUGUAGCAAACUAUACCCUCAACAGCAUUAGGAAAAACCUCUGCAAUGGAUGCGCUAAGAAAUGCCAACAAAACAUCGUCACCGAUAAGGUCCUCAACAAGUGGACUUGCCACAAGCACCACACAAGGAGAGCCGAAAUCUUUUGCGAAGACCAUCAGAGUAUCAUUUGCCACAACUGCGCAACAACGUCACACAAGCCUUGUGACAUAAGAGAAGUGGAAGAAAUUCUGGAUGAACGGAGAUGUAAGUUGCAGCGGAUGAUUGAAGAGACGAAGCAACUUGGGAAAUCCGAAGCGUCAGUUGAAAAGCUUGUCGCAGAAGCAUCAACACAUCUUGCAAAGGUCGAGGUAAAGAUGCAAGAGGCAAUUCACGAGGCGAUUGAAUACGUUGAAGAGGAAGGAAAGCAGACUUUGGAGUCGAUCAAUAAAGAAGCCGAUAGAGAGAUUGAACAAAUCAACAUCAGGAGAGCAGUAAGAUUGAAGAAGAACCUUGCCGUCAUCGACCAAGGAAGGCAGGAUAUCUUAAAGAGACAGUGCAUUUUACAGGACGAACUGCAGUUGCUUAUGGGAAAACUGAAUGACUGUGCGAAAACGUGUUUGAAGAAUCAAAGCUCUGCAAUCGAAAAUUCGCGAAUGAAGGCCGAAACACUUAUUAAAAAUGAGAUCUUGUUGCUUAAAAACUAUUCGGAAGUGGAAGGUGAGAUGAUGCAAAGUCUUCAAAAAGACAACGUCGAGCGUUUGGCCCUACCGAUAGUAGAGAAAGCACGACAAGUCAAUUUCGAAAGAGAGUCGGGACCAAAUCUCGGUAUAUUGCAGGGACUGGAUGGAAGUUGGGUUCUUAAGCCAUCGCUUACCGUUGAUAUCAGUGAGCCUGCCUUGGUCGGGUUUACCAACAAAAAAAACGUCAUUGUAAUCGACAAGAGAAGCGAUUCCCUCGUUCUGGUUGACUUCCAGGAACAGCAAGCAUGUAAAGUCGUGAACGGUGAAUUUCCUCGAAACAUCUACAGACUGGCUCUUCUCGAUGAUGAGAAGGUUGCUUGUGGAACAACUGACGGAUCGUUGUUCAUCUUCCAGAAACAAACAUGGGAAUUUAUCGAGAGAGUCCCUUUAUAUCUAGGCACGCCUGUGAUUCUUGCUGUUGAUAACGUAUCUCGCAACCGACGAAUUUUGGCAGUUGCUCAAGGGGAAUGUAUCAUUAACAUCGUCAGCCAAGAGAGUAACGAAGUAACAUCUUCUGUUUCUGUCAAAGACACACCAAUUAUUGACAUCGCUGUACUUUGGCAAGGGGACAUUGUUGUCCGUACUCGCUGUGCUUCAGGAGACGACCUUGCAGUUCUUAAUCGCAACGAUUUCACAGUGACAUCUGUCACACAUUUCCAUGACAAGUAUCUCCGAAGCAUCACGGCUGAUCAAGGAAGAGACGCCCUCUACAUCCGACAUUUUGAUCCCAAUCGUCAGAAGUGUUCUGUUGAAGAGAUGCGUCUAAUGGAUGGCAAACUGACGUCUGUGGGGAGUAUCUUAGAGUUCUCUCCUUUGAAGAAUAAGUGGCCAAUGAUCAGUGCCGACUGUUGUGCCCCUGAGCAGGGGAAGCUUGUGCUUCUCCGGGGGAAGCAGAUCAUGGUGUAUACGAAAAGAUUCCUUACCUAGGAAAAGUGAAUGCUAAAUCACAGUGAAAAAUUAUAAUUACUAUAAAAAGAUGAAGGUGUCAAACAAUACUAUUCUUUGAUAUUUCAUAUUGUAAAGCGCUUAGGGUAUAAUGGGAAGGCGUCAUGUUAAAAUGUAUGUUUACGUAUGUACAUCAUUCUAAUAUCCCAACUUGCUGAAUUAUCAAGAUUAAGGGGGUAUGAUAAUGAUGAUGAUGACGAUGAUGAUGGUGAUGAUGAUGAUGGUAAUGUUGGUGAUGAUGGUGAUGAUGACGAUGAUGAUAGUUAUGAUGAUUAUUAUGAUGGUGAUGAUGAUAACGAUAAUGAUGAUGAUUGAAUGUAUAGUCGUGUUGAUAUUAGUGAUGGUACUGGUAACGAUCGAUGGUGAUGAUGCUGAUUAUGAAGAUGAUGAUUAUGAUGAUGAUAAUGAUGAUAACGACGAUUAUGCUGCUGCUGAUGAUGAUGAUAAUGAUGGUGAUGAUGAUGGUGAUGAUAAAGCGGAUGAUAAUGAUGACGAUGAUGACUGCAUGUAUAGUCUUGUUGAUAUUGGUGAUGGUGUUGGUGAUGAUGGUGAUGAUGAUCUAUACAGGGAUAAGUGAAUAUUAGAAAAAAAUGGAAUAACCUAAGUGGAGAUAAGAUAAAAUGGUAAAUCGGCUAGCCCAAAUGGCUGGUAAACGAACAAGGUUUAGAUAGUUAUAGUUUUUUGGGAUGAGACCAGGUGGCAAAUUAACAUGGUAAUAAUUGAUGACAAUAAUGGUGAUAAUCUCACAAAGUUGGAAAAGUAAGUAUCGACUUCAUUUGAUGAGCGAGAUUUUAGAAUGUGAAAAUGAAAUAUCUUUAACUAUUGUGAUUUUUUUCUUCAAAUUUUAAUCACAUCGGAAAUUACUACAGUUUCCAUGUUUAUGAUUAUUAUUGAGUUCAUCAUGUUUGUAGUCAGUUUGCGUUACUUAUAUUGUCUAAAAAAGUAGAUGGAAGAUGAAACUUUACAUACGUUAUCAAAAAAUGUUCAAUUAUGUUCAUGUAAAUAUUGUUUGUUUGAUUAUAAUUAUAACUGCGUGAUCAUUCUUUUUAUAAUGUCUAUCAUUUUCCCCUACUACUAGUAAUUGUACAUGAUUAUCUACAGUACAUGUUGUUUUUUACCAAUAUAUAUUUUUUCCGGAACCGGAACAAAUAUUGUGUAAAGGUGUAGGAAGGUUAUAUGUAAAUAGAUAUUGCUUUAUAUUCAGCUAGAAAAGGCAAUUCAAUUGUUAGACAUGUGACAAUGAAUGAAGAGAAAAUACAAAUAAAGAGGAAAGCCCCCGACAUCAUAAUAACCACUGAUCUGUAUAAUAGCAAAAGCUUUAACCGAAAAAUACACCCGCUUUAAUUAUACUCAUGUCAUGUGACAAUGAGUAUAAGAGGAAUAUGAGAUGAUCGGGGAAUACCCAUAAAGUCCAUCAUAAUACCAUGACAUCAUUAAUAAAGACUUGGACCGAAAAAAGUACCCAUUAAACUGCACGUAGUGAUUUUCAUUUUCGGGUAUUUUGACAUUCUGACGAGAGUAAAUAAAGUUUGAAGUUUGAGAUGAAAAUAGAUGUUCCCUCGG